UCCUGUAGUUGCAGCAUGUCUGUGUCUCAAAAUAGCCAUAUCUCAUCACUGCUUCACCUAAACAGGGAACUCUCUCGCUCUCUUCUCUAACUCUGUUUUCCUCUUCUCUCUGUUGCAUCUGGGUGCUUCCCAGGAACGGACAGACUAGGCUCUGGAUUUAAAGCCUGAGGAGGAGUGCGGAAUUCUCCGGAACGAGGGAAGAAUUGAGAUCACCGAUGCCCGUCUCUCCCGAAUAAGUCUCCCAGCUUUUGAUUUUUAUGACGGAAAGUGUACCCAGCCACGGUAGAACUGUUAGGCGAGCUCUUCAACAUGAAUACAGGGAGUGAGUCUCACUCAUCAGAUUCAGAUGCUUGGAGGUCGCGUAGCACCGACGGCCUGAGGAACGGCGACGACGUCAGUUCUUCCCUGGCUGCCAAGGGCUUCCGCAGCGUCAGGCCCAACCUGCAAGACAAGAAGUCCCCCACACAGGGCUCGCCUCCUCACCCCUGCUUCCCCGACCACAGAGCCCGGCCCUCACCUCACAACCGCCAAAGCGCCGACUCACUGGACUACCUGGCGAGCUUCAAAGCCCUGUCGCCCACCCCGUACGCCCCAUCCCCAUACGCCACCUUGGAGCGCGGUGGGGGGGACCGAAUGGACAAAAUUGGCAUAGUCGGCGGGGUUAGCUUUAGCGUGGUUAGUGCUGAUGGAUGUAUGGGGGGCAUGUCACCCUCGCUCUCCCCAGUGACAGUGUCAGCGCUCAGCCAAUACUCAUCCUCCACGGCAGGCCUCUUGGAGGAGCUCCAGAUCUGCAGCCUAGACUCCCCCGGCGUGUCUCCCACACCCUCGCCCACCCUCAGCCACACGUCGACCUCCCCGUCCACCACGGGCAACGACGAGGCGCCGCCGCUAACCUCCGCCGCUGCUGCCACUAACGGCCAAGCUAUUCAAGUGCCUAUGAAUGGAAGUGCGCCCCACCCCCAGAGGCCCUCCUCACCCCCGGCCUACCCCCCUCUCCCCGCCUCGUUCAGCCCAGGGGGGGUUCACAUGCAGAGUCGGAGCGCAGGUUCUGAGUCGGUGACGUCGGGCCACACCAGCGUGAGCAGCACGGUGCCCAUCGCCCGCUUUUCAGAGGAGGAGAAGAGGGUGUCGGUCAUCAAGGCGCCCCACUACGAGGGCAUCGGCCCCGUGGAUGACACGGGCAUCCCAAUCGCCAUUCGCACGACGGUGGAUAGGCCGAAGGACUGGUACAAGACCAUGUUCAAGCAGAUCCACAUGGUUCACAAAGCAGAUGACGACUACGCCGACUCGUACAACGCCACAUACACUGUCAGCGGUGACAGUGACACAUAUGGUCAGUCCUCCAACCCCACCGUGGCCUACCCUCCCCCCAGGACACAAACGUACCGGCCCCUGGCCAAGAGCCCGUCGGACAACGGAGGCCCUGGGACCUUCAGGGAGCCCUCCCCCGUGCCACCGCCACCCCCGCCCAAGCCCUCCCUCCUACAGCUGAGGUCCAGAGACAGCGACCGGGAGCGAGACUCGCCCAUGAAUCAGUGGGGCCCUCCCGAUAGGAAAGUGGACACUAGAAAGUACCGCGCUGAACCCAGGAGUAUCUUUGAGUACGAGCCCGGGAAAUCAUCCGUUCUGGAGCAGGAGAGGCCGACGUCGCUGUACUUCACUCCGACUGCUGACCGGGUUCCAGAGAGGCCGGCGAGUGCUGCCAGUGACUACAGGAAGAGGAGGAAGUCGGAGCCGUCAGGUGACCAGGGCAAGAACCAGGUCUCCCCGAAACCACCGGACCCUUACAGAGGCAGCAGCACACUGAGGAAACCUGCCAUCCGCUCCUCCCCCUCCUCCCCCUCCAAAGUCAAAGAGCAGGAUGCCUCCAGGGGGUACAACACAACCACCAGCGACGGGGGAGGGGGGCAGACCAAACGAGCCACCCCUGACAGAGAGGUCUCCCAUAAGCAGAUGACCCAACUCAUUCUCUUCUCUCUCCUCCAUCAGAAACAGCCUGCCAGAGCUAUAUAUGACUUUAAGGCACAGACUGCUAAAGAGCUGACGUUCAAGAAGGGCGACGCGGUGAACAUCAUCAGAGAGAUUGACAGCAACUGGUACGAGGGGGAGCACCGCGGACGACUGGGCAUCUUCCCCAUCUCCUACAUAGAGAAGAUGGCGUUGCCAGAGAAGCAGCAGCCGAUUAGGCCUCCUCCACCAGCACACGUCAGAGAGAUCGGGGAGGGGGUGGCCCGUUACAACUUCAACGCUGACACUAACGUGGAGCUGUCCCUCCGCAAGGGUGAGCGGGUAGUCUUGCUGAGACAGGUGGACCAGAACUGGUAUGAGGGGAACAUCCCAGACACCACCAAGCAGGGCAUCUUCCCUGCUUCCUACAUAGACAUCGUCAAACGCUCGCCCUCCAAGAGCCCCGCCCCCUCCCACCACCCAGACCCACACGGCUACCCCAGCAACAGGACACAGGGCUCCACGCCCACCAAGAGGUUUGUGCAGGAUUCGCUCCAUAGUGGAGGAGACCCGUUCCAGGCCCUGUACAACUAUCUGCCCCGUAACGAGGACGAGCUGGAGCUGAAGGAGGGGGACGUCGUGGACGUCAUGGAGAAGUGUGACGAUGGCUGGUUUGUCGGGACUUCUCGACGGAGCAAGCAGUUUGGAACCUUCCCAGGAAACUAUGUCAAGAAACUAUAAUGAUGAAUCCGGUCCACCCCCGCACCCUCCUUGGACCCUUCCAUCUCCAGCACAACCCAUAUUGGACACAACCAACCCGGAGUAAAAUGAAGUUGCUCCUAGACACUGAUUUGGGUCAGUUUUGCACUUUCCCCACCAAUUGGUUAUGGUUAGGAUUGGGGGAGGUGGAGCUGACCCUAGAUCUGUACCUAGGGGAAACCUCACCCCGGAACAACACGCCCCCCACUAUGUCGGGUCAUCCAAGAAGCCUUUCACAAGCGUGUGCGACAACGUCACAACAAGUAUUUUGUUUUAGCUCUAACUAGCCAACUCUUACAGGAGACUAUUCCACUAACUAAACGGUUCUUUUCUAAAUGAUGGAGGAGAGGUUGAGGAAGAUCCAUACUUUUGUAUUCCUGUCGCCUCAGAUACGGAAGGAAGGGUAGCCAAACAAGAUGGCCACCUUUUAGUGUUGACAUCUGCUCUUAUUUGAUUCAUUAGAUCUAUUUUCACCCGGUAAUGUAAUAACUUGCAUUGAUAAGUUGAUUGUGUAACAUUCAGAAAGGUCAAAUAUGGUAAAGAGAGAGUUAAAGAUGCCAAGUAAACUGCCACUCAGGAUUGCCUUGACAUCAUCAUGUCAGCCAUGUUUCUUUUCCCUUUUUCCUCAGUGUUAAAUGAAUACAGAGACCCCCCCCCCCCCCCCCCCUAAGUGUAUUAUCUGUAAUAGAGGGGCUUGUUGGUAUUUUCAGAGCAGUAUUGUCAUAGGACAUUGCAACACAUUUCAAUGUUCAGUCGUUUGGCAAAUGCUCUUAUCCACAUCGCCUUUCAAUAAGCAACACGAAACAACCACAGCAUUAUUAGUCAAGAAAUCUUCAUCAGAUGUUACAUUUCAUACACCAACGCAGGAACACUCACCUAUUUCCCCAGUGAAAACGAUGAUGCUGUGUAAUCCAUGAUACCCAAAAGUGUUGCUGGAUACCACGGGAUAGGGUAUGACAUGUUUGGAGGCAAAUACAUUGAUAUUGAAUGCACAUAUAUCCAUCCAGAGCCUUCUAUUCGCACCGGAAGGUUCUGGAUAUCUGCCCGCUAUGCCCGGUCUACAGUCAAUUCCAGUUUCUCAUUAUAGUGUUUGCAAACUCUUAUAUGGAUGAGUUAUUUCAUAUGUGGAAGUGGCAAUCGUUGAUAUUUUAUUUUGAACCCUUCUGUUUGAACAAGUACAGUACAUUUUGUACUUUUGAUGGAAAAUAAUAUUUAUAGAUUUGGGAUUUUAUUGAUUGGUUGACUUGGCGUUUUAUCCUUUUUCUCACGUAAAAUGUCUGAGUACACUACGGAUUUUACAAGUGAAAGCUAGAUUGGAUUGUCGACAGGGCUUUAGGAGUUUGAUACCGUUGGGAAAAACAUAUGCAAAAGCAACUAGUUUCCCCACUUUUUUCUGUAUGUAUAGAUGUUUAUAAUGGGAAAAGUAUUGAAUAUUGAUAAAACGUCAUGUAGAUGUCUCCGUCCAUAGAUAUAACUCAUGGAAUGGAUGGAGCAACAUCAGUUUCUCAGCUUACUUUGUGUACUUUCUUUUAUUUGAAGUGGCCUAAAGUGAAGUGUACUUUUGGCUCAUUUCAACCACAGCAAAUCCCCUUGCCAUGUUUAAGAUAACGAGACAAUAGCUCACAUUUGUUCCCAGUCAAGUCUGACAUUUUACUUUUGUCAAUAUACAACAAACGUUCAGGUCUCAACAAUAAAACAACCCUCCUUUUUGAAAUGGUGUUAUUUUAUUCUAUGACGAGGUUUUCUUUCUACGAUUGCUGUUGAAUACCGUAUUAGGAAUGUUGCCACAUUCAUUGCCUUUGUCCAAAUGGGAUGUUUUACUUCACUCUAAUAUAAUCAGAUAAGCAGUGUAAAUGAAUUUGAUUGAAUUAUACAGUUAUGUUCCUGGAGUUGUUUUUCCUCUAUAGGUAAUUCUGACGGCGACCUUUUUUACUGUCCGGGAUGAAUGAAACGAUUAGAGAGAGUGUCACUGCAAUAGCUUAUAACAAUGUAUUUGAAUAACAUUUGUUAGGCAUACUUUUUGUGUUCAAUGAAUAUGAUUUAUGACAUUUGUUUUGCCUUUUUCGUGUGUAAAUGAGUAUGUAUUCAUAUAGGAAGGACACUGCCCGCAGAACAAUCGUUUAAGCACCUUAAAUAUGUAAUUACUUUAUUUUUGGUUUCUGUCUUUGGUUGGUUUUGUUCUAGUUUAUUGUUCUCCUCAUCCCCUUUUCAUUCACUUUUCCCUGGGUCGUGUUCAUUAGGCACCAAAAGAAAACGGACUACCUGAACAUGUCCAAUAAGAAAUGCACAUUUUCAUGUUCUGUUGCAAACGUUUCCCGUUGCUAUCCCUAAUGAACCCGACCCUGGCAUGAGAGAGUACUGCGUGUCUGUUGGCGUUUUUUUUUUUUUUUUUUACGUCUUUUGUAUGGAGCUGUAAAUCGAUGACACGAUCCACUGCUUUAUAAACUCUUCUUUUCUCACCCAC